UUGGGUGGCAUUAUAGUAGUGACAGUAACAUAGGUAUGUACCAAUACAGUUAAACUAAAACCCCACACUUCGAGUUUAUAGUGCAAGUACACAUUUAUUUUUUUACAUUUGGUGAUUUUUAAUGUAUCCAUCCGGUAAGUAAUUAUUUUUUGUAUCUAAUGAUAUUUAAUAAUUAUUCGUUGUUGAAUUUAUAACUGCAUUAAUUUGAUUAUUUCUAUUCUCAUAAAAUAUACCUGUAUUAGGUACAGUAUUAUAUAAUGUUGUUUAUGUAUUUUUUGUUUAACAUAUUUAAUUAUAUCGUAAUCGAUGUUUAUAAAUUUAAAAAUUAAAUAAGUUAUUUUAGAUUAAUACUCAAUAAAAUAUCAAUUGUUCAAAAAUAAUUGUCAUAUUUAUGUAUAUAUAUUAUAUAUGCAUUGCAAAUAAAUAUCUAUACAGAGUGAUUAAUCCUCGAUAAGUAGUAACUUUUAAGCUCUAUAAUGUUACAUUACCGUAAUUUUUCGUUACCUUUAAUUUAGCGAGUAAAACAUCUAGCCACGUUCGGUUUUCAAAUAACAACCUAUGUUGAAAAAUGAAAAUUCCAUGUAUAGAUGAAGUUUGGAAAAACGUCGGUGGUUAAAUUUUAAAUUUCCGUCAACCAUUGACGAGAUAUAUUACAUGUGCCGUUUUGUUAGUUGGGGGAACACUAGUUAGAAGUGGAACACUAUUUAAGCGUCGUGUGUUGCGUCACCACGGAAAUGAUGAUACUACAAAUCUCUUGCCCAAAUUUAAAAGUUAAUACUUUCCUAGAUAAUGAGUAUCUUUGAGUUCUGUUGAUAAUUUUGUGUACUUACUGUAUAUAGCGUUUGCAUUUAAUACAUUUAAUUUUAAAAAAUAGAUAGUUUUUUAUUUUUAAAAUUAAACCUAGAUUUCGUUUCAAUGUAUUUUGCCGACAGAUAUCUUCUAUAACAAUUAUUUUCAUAGUGGUAUUAUAGUUAUAAGGAUAACUAUCAAGAACGAGAAAUAUUAUUCAUUUUUGGUUGCUAUUUAAACUUUUAACGUACCUAAGCAAAUAAAAAAUAUAUUAAAAUAAUAUCAUUACUGUGGCGUCCAAAAUAUUUUUGGAAAUUGUUUUUUUUUCCUUUUGGUAUAGCUUAUUUAGAAAUUCGCCGAAAAUUUCAGUGUAUUUCCUCACUUCUCUUUAAUGCGAUUUCGCAAUUUUUUCACGAAUAUUUAGUGUACAAUUAGUGUGAAUAGCAAUCAAAUUCAGAAAGGGCAUACAUUUCACCAACUCUUCCCCCAACAUUUUUUCGGAUUUUCUCGUCAACCGUUGUCGUGUAAAUUAUAAAUAUGAUCGCACCAAUUUAUAACUAAAUUUUGGAAGAAACUAUUCAAAAAACAUGUUAUGUUGAAUCAAAGUUAACAUUUCACCUUUCCACCUCCAACGUUUUUUUCGCAUUUGAUCGUUAACCGUUGACGUACAAAUUCACACUAAAUAUUUUGCGUGAAAAGAAUUCCAAAAAUUGUAUUUGGAGGUAGGGGGCUGGUGAAAUGUACAUUAAAAAUGUAUUUAAUUAAAUUGUGUUUUCACUUGUUUUGUGUUUUCGACUAUGUUAUGUCUGUCUAUCGACUAUCGUAUAUCUCACUUUUUUCUUUUGACAGGUGCUUACGGGAUGUAUCCAAGAACCGGUGAACAUCAUCAUCAUCAUCAUCACCAUCAUCUCACGUGGAUACCAAGAAAUUCCGGGGAUCCCUUACCCCACGGUGCCGUACGCGCGGGAGUCGACAAAGGCGGCGUGCAAUUGUACGCGGGUCGUGCAUUUCACGACGGUCAUUUACUACCCGCCAAAAUAAAUCCAAAUCAUUCAUCGGCCUACGUGUGCUUGGGAGGCUUGGAACACGCCAUUAGACACUACGAGGUCAGAUCAGUUAACGUCGUUAAUUGAUAUCGUUUAUAAUUUAUAAAUAAUGUCAAAACCUCCGUUACGGCAUCAUGACGAAACGAAAACGAAUAGUUUCCCCUCGUUAUAACUCGACGGUGACGAGGGACGUGUUUUUUAAUUUUUAUAGACAAAAUUUUUUUAAUUUAGUUAACCAUAUUUAUACCUAUUCCCAUGGGUGUCCACGGAGGGAAUCGAGGUACGGGGGGACAUGCCCUCUUGGCUUUCCCGUACUUCUUGCACAUAAAAUAUAAUCAUUUAUAUUUUCGUGUGUAAUGUAUGGUAAUUUGCUAUCAUACUGAGUACCUAUUGUGAUUAAUAUUUUUUUUUUUUACCUAAAAACCGUAUUCAUAUAAUAACAAUCACAUAAUAUAUUCUGUGUAACAGCACUCUGGUUUACGUUGAUAAAAUAACAUGACGUUUGACGGUCCAACAUGGUAGGUGCAGAUAACAUGGCUAGGUAAAUACAAACAAAGAAUCCUCCAAGCUGCCGUAAUUAAAUCGUGUUAUAUUUUGUUCGUACUUUGCUUACUCUCCUUAAUCUAUAAUCCUUUUUUACUCAUGGUAAGACGCGAAUGUGUUGCUUUUUGCCUACUCAUAUUACAUUAUAAAAAAUUUAUAUAAUUAUGAUAAUAGUGUUUUCGGUUUAGUCUCUCGUAUAAAAUGAGCAAAAGACGAAAUAUUGCCAUGUAUACUUAUACAUUUACUUAUGUAUGUAUAUAGGUACCUAUACAUAAAAUAAACAAUCGUAUUGAAGAAAGUAAAACACGGUAUGAUUUCUGUUACAUACCUAUUCUCGAAAAUUCUAUUCUAAUUAAUGAUGAAUAACAUAAUCUUUAAUGUUAUUUAAAGGAUUCCGAGUUUUUUUGCGGCAAUUCAAAAAAAUCUAUAGUUAUUUACUUAAUCACGCCUCCUACAACUUGUACUUACUAAGAACUUUUAGUACACUUCACCGGAUAAAAACAUGGCCAGGGUCCAUAACGACAGAGACGAGAUUUUCAGAGUUAAGUUUACUAUAAGUAUCUAUAGACAGAAAAUUCAAAAGUUUAAUUUAGUUGUCAACGUUAUUUAUUUAUUUUCAAAAAAAAAAAGCAGGUUUAGAAUUUUCGUUUAAAUCGUAGUGUUAGGUUUUUAUUAUAUUUUCAAGUAUUGUUUGUUUUUGUGAUCAUUAAAUUUUUUUUAAAAAAAGUGCAAUGUUCAUUUUUCGUAUUGCGUUGUUCAUGUUCAUUACAUAUAUAGUAUAUACAUUUAUAUUUAAUAUAUUUUUAUUAAUUAAACGUGUUGUAUCUACUAUAAAAAUAAAUGAUUGUUCGUUCGUGAUCUAUAGACUCAAAAACUACCAAACCAAUUGACACCGAAUGUUGCAUUCAUAGGUAUGCACGAAUAGAUGGAGGGACUCUAGAGAUAACUGCUAAGAAAGAAUUUAUUUAAAUUGUAACCUUUUAAUGAUGACGAGAAAAUAAAAUAAAAAUGCAUUUUUAAACAUGAGGACAACAAUGAUAAACUACAGUGAAAGGGAUGGGGUUGAAAGCAAGGAGCCACUGGGAAACACGUUAUUAUUUUUUUUAUAUUUUUUUUUUGUUCGUUCAAUACUAACACGGGUAAAGUUGUGAGGGACAAUUGGUGCGGCACUAGUAGUGCUUAAUUAGCUAUAAUAAAAAUUAAUAGAUAUGAAUAUGAUUAUGUGAAUGUAAAUAUGUAAUUAUAUAAUAAUAUUAAAUGUAAGUACCUAAAUUUACAACAUGUAAACAGUUUAACAAAAGGCCAAUGAAAAAAAUACGACCAAUGUGGUGCAUGCCCCCCUCCCCAGCUAUACGUCCGAUUGUCCUUCUUUGGAUUUUUAAAGAUUACCGUUCUUGACUAUAACCACUCAUCGUAGGUGAGUUUUAUCACAUAAUAACCAUAUUGUAUUACAAAAUUCACAUUGACGAUUAAAUAUUUUGUUAAAACCUGCGAUUAUGAGCAUAAUAAUGUUUAAUAAAACGUACCAUUAAAAACCAUAGGCGGUGCAGUCUAAUGACACAUUUAAAAUGUACCUAUAGGUACUUAAUAUAAGGAAUAUUAUUUUUCAUCCUCGCCGUGUUUUCUUUGUCUAUACAUGAAACACUAUAAUAUUAUUAUUGUGAUUGUUGGUCAGUGGCAGGGAAAGACAUAUUAAGGGUAAUACCUCCCCCCCCGGACAUCCUUUAGCUUAAAAGUAAAACUAUCAGUAUUUAUAUUUUAAUUUUAUCUUGAAACUUGAAAUUAUAUAUUUCAUUAAAUUUAUGUUUUUUCUUGUAGGUUAUUAGGAAAAACAGUAUACAAUUUGGCUUUUUUGAUUACGGGUUUUAAAUUCUCAUCGCCGUCUUAAGAAUAUCCAGAAAGAGAUUCCAUGAUAUAUUCAUAAAUCAUACUUAAUAUUUACUACAUUCCUUUCCAUGCCCAAGCAUGCCACCGUUUUCGAAAAAUAAUAACAUUAAUUGAUUUCACUCGUUAUUGUCGAGAAAUGUGUUAUCGUUUUCACUAUUACUAUUAUAUGGUCCUAAUAUUUAAACUAUAUAGUUUGUUAUUAUUUAUUUUUUAGGUUUUAUGUCACGUAGAAGUAGCGUGGAUAAGCGCUCAAGGAAGCACUGUUCCACAAAACGCUGUUGUGAUUGGUCACUCCUUGUUCGGCGAAAAACUUUACUUAGGACGAACAUUGUAUGACGGGAUAUUAACUCUGGGCAAAGUAACUAAACUUGAAACUUAUCUGUAUUGUAAUAUUGUUACAAAUUACAAAAUAUACUCAUAUCUAUAUCUAUACGGUAUUAUAUUAAACAGUAAUAAAUUAAGUAUAGUACCAAUAAGAUAAAUUCUUUCGAACUCUGAACCAAACAGUACCGUAUUUAUAAUAUCAGGCUAGGUGUAAGUUGAAGCUUAGGGGGGAAAUUUUAGGAGGGAUGGCAUUUUUUGUUUAAUUUUUUUUCUUUAUUAAUAUUAUUUGUUGAAAUAAUAUCGAAUGACUGCGUUACAUCGUGCGAACGGAGAAAACGAACAAAAUUAUAAAGCACGGAAGCUUACAGAAGGAAAUCGUACGGAAAUGUACAACUGUAUGUGAAAAAAAAAAUACAUUGUAAAUAUUAUUAUUAUUAUAAGGGAUUUUUUCGGAAUCACGAAUGUUCUGGAAAAAAGGGUAAACAAAACUUUAACCUAAGGAUCACAGAAUGCUAAACACGCCACUGGAACUGAACACGUUUUUUUGAAAGAUCAAUACCUAAUAUCUGUACAUAGUUAUUCAUAAUCAAUAGUAAUUUUGGUAUACUAUAGUUGUUUGCCUAUUUAUUACUCGCAGAUUUUUCCGUGAGUUAACUUAAUAUUUUUGUGACACUCGUACAUACUAUACAGAGUGCACCACCGUGUUCUACGGAUUUUUACAUCUCUGUUAAUAUUUGAUUUUUUUUUUUCAAUCAGAUUUCGUGUCAGGGGCACACACAUAUAGAGCAAAAAAUUUCUAUUUUCACGUUUCAUCCCUAAUUAUUAAAAAAAAAUAAUAAUAAUUACUUAUUCUUAUUUGUUCACUUUCCGAAAUAGUCACAGUAGCUAUUUUAUAAAAGAUAAUAUUCUAAACAUUUUAAUUUACUAUAUAUUUAUAUCCUAUAUCAAUAGUUUCUGCCGUUUAAAUGUUAUAACAUUUUCAUUUUUCUAACAUAAUAAAUCAUGUUUCGUAAUGGGCACAGAAUAAAAACCCAUUUAUUUUAAAAAUGUUUUAUUACGAUUGUCUUACUCAAUCGCGAAAUGUAGUAUAGUCUUUUAACUUGUUUACAACCCUUCUCAAGAAACUUAAGUAUAAAAUUAAAAUUACUAAAGUUCAUCGGAUAUGUAAGAUUGAAAUUGUUUAUAAUAAUAAUUUUUAUUACAGAUCGGUUAAUUAGAAAAUGUCGAAAAGUGAACAAAUAAAAAGGUUUUUUUUACUAGUGAUAAUAAGAAAAAUUAACUUUUUCCUGAAUAAAUGUACCCCUCAAAGAAAAUCCAAAUGAAAAAUAUUAACAAAAGUGUAAAUCUUAUAAAACACGAUGGGCACCCUAUAUAACACGUAAUAUAUAAUUAACUAUUAUUUUCUAUUGUUUCUUACAGGUUCAUCCCAGUCAUAGAAGACUUUACUUUCCGUAUAAUGGAUUAGAGAAAGAGACCAACGAAUACGAAAUAAUGAUUCACCAACCGUACUUGACGUGAAUUAUGCGCCAUUCUUUUCCCGUGUUGGCCACCACUGCCCUACCCCUGCCCGCGCCCGAAAAACAAAAUGUUUUCCGCAAUUUAAUCAAUUGUCAAUUUAUCCUGUAGCUCUAUAUAAUGGUGGCGCGAACUUAUAUUUAUAUACCUAUAUCUUUUGUUUUCUGCGAAACAAUAAGUGAAUACACCCGCCCACCAAUUUAUUGAUGAAAAGAAACCCCGAAAUAAAUUUGAUAAAAAUCGAGUUGAUUUAACACGCCGUACCGCCUCUUGUAAGCAUACAUCUAAGUUUAAAUUAAACUAAUUUUACUUCUUAAUAUUAGUUACCUAUCUUAUUACAUCUUCCGGUGAGUCUUCAGACGCACAGAACUACCCUCGCGCCACCAUCAUAUCAUAAUAUUAUGAUAUAAUCACAUUUUGCUUUAAAAAACCAAAUUUUCAAUUUUCAAUUGAAUGUGUUAUAAUUAAAAAUUGAUACAAAAUUCAAGUACAAUUAAAAUUAUUCCGAUAUUUUUGUUGAUGGUCUUAUAGUGGUCUUGUAUCUGAUAGUGGAAAUUACUAUGUAUUGU